AAAAAACGAACGAUAUCCGGUGAGCAGCGGCUCGCUGAGCACCUAUUUUUUAGAAACAUCUGAAAAAGAUCAGAGAUUGGACUGUAAAAAUGUCCUGGAUGUUGCGAAGUCUAUCAGCCAGAUUCUCACGGAAUCGUCAACAGCAACAGAAGUCACAAACACAGGAUGCAAGCUUUGAUACGAAAAAGUUUGUUCAGUGCAAGGUGCUUCUGCUUGAUGGAGCACAUUUAAAUAUUGUCGUGCCGAGAAACGCUGUAGGAAGUGAACUUUACGAAGAAGUAUUCUACUCGCUUGACCUAGAAGAGAGGGACUAUUUUGGCCUGCAGUACACAGAUCCAUUCAAUGUUCAGCACUGGCUAGACCCUACAAAAAAAGUUGCAAAACAAGUGGCAAUUGGACCUCCAUUUACUCUUCGGUUUCGUGUUAAAUUCUUUACUUCGGAACCUUCUAGCAAUUUGAAAGAAGAGCUUACAAGGUAUCAAUUCUUUUUGCAAAUAAAACAAGAUAUCUCCUCAGGACGUCUGCAAUGUCCACAUCAGUUAGCAAUUGAACUAGCUGCUUUUGCACUUCAAUCAGAACUAGGCGAUUACAACCCAGAACUUCAUACAGCCCUCUUUAUCUCAGAAUUUCGAUUUCAUCCGGAGCAAGAUGAAAAAAUGGAAGUCGAGAUAUUGGAGAGGUACAAAGCGUGCCGUGGACAAACUCCGGCUCAAGCGGAGUUGAACUACUUGAAUAAGGCACGAUGGAUUGAAAUGUACGGAGUAGAUAUGCAUAUUGUAGAAGGAAAAGAUGGAAAUACAUAUCGAUUGGGUUUAACUCCACAAGGAAUGCUGGUAUUUGAUGGUCCACAGAAAAUUGGACUCUUUUUAUGGGAAAAACUACAAAAAUUGGAUUUCAAAAAUAAGAAAAUUACACUGGUUGUCGAGGAGGAUGCUGAUCAAUCGAACAAUGGCCAAAUCCAGCUGCACACGUUCGUUUUUCACUUGACGUCUGAAAAAGCGGCAAAACAUUUCUGGAAAUGUGCCAUCGAGCAACACGCAUUUUUCCGCCUCAAAUCUCGCCCAAUCCAAGCGAAUCGCAAAAUUCAGUUCUUCCGGUUAGGAAGCACAUUUAAGUAUAGAGGCAGGACAGAAUAUGAAACAAUUCAUAAGGAAGGAGCAAGAUUAUCACGAAGACAAUCAUGCUCAUUUGAAAGAAGACCUAGUCAGAGAUAUGGUCCACGGCAAAGUCAUGUGACAAAUGCACAAAUUAGGGAUGCAAAGAGAGCUGAAAUGAGGCAACAGAUAAUUGAGCAACAAAGAGCCAAUGAUCAACAGCGAACCCAUGCAAAAUCAGAUCCAACUUCUCCACAUUCAAUAAUUCAAAACGUUCCAUUACCAACAUCUCCAGACCUCAAAAAACCAGUAAACAACAGUAAUCCAUUUAUUUCGGAUCCUUUAACACCUUCAUCAUCAUCAUCAUCAUCCUCUCAUAAUCUGUCACAUGUAACUAAAAUAACAGUUGGAACAAUUGGAAAUCUCGAUACUCCAUCAUCUUCUGCUGCCCCAUCUUCAUAUAUUCCACGUCCAGUUGUCUCAACAUCCACAUCAUUCUCACAUCCGCCACCACUUCCAGCUCAUCAGUCAAAUUCGAAAAUUCCCAGAAUGAGCAGUGCAUCGGAGCAGCGGAAGAGCUCACAACCUCCACAACCAGCUGUUCGAAUGCAGACUCAAUUUGAAGAGCCACGAAAAUAUUCACAAAAUGGAUGUGCUCCGCCAUCUCGUAUUGUUCCCCCAAUGCAACAUCAACGGAGAAUUGUCACAGACUUUUGAUAAUGUAUUUACAUUUGCAGCCUUUAUUUUGUUGUUUUCAGUCAUUUUUCAUAUAAUGAAAUGAUUUUCUUUCUU